UACAGGAGCUAGUAGCAUUAGCUGCGCUCUCAUGUCGGAAGACGAUAUUACAGUAGUAGUGCAGCUUAUAAUUUAAUUUACAACGUCACAACAAUGUCUUCCGUUGAGUAUUUGAGGGAGUUUGUGAAUGAGCGACUGGCUGUAGCUGCUGAGGAAAUAUUCGGAGUUUUUAAAAGGACUAUCGUCGAGUACGAGGAGGAGCUCGACCGUCAGCGCAGGCUGCUGGAAAACGUCUGGAAACCUGGAAUUAAUUUAGAAAGGACAGAGCUCCCACACCAACAUGUCUGUAAGGAGGAGGAGGUUCUCGCUGACCAGGAGAGGAGCUCCAGUCUGGACCAGGAGGACCCAGAGCCUCCACAGAUCAAAGAGGAGCCGGAGGAGCUCUGCACCAGUCAGGAGGGAGAGCAGCUUGAGCUGAAGGAGGAGGCUGAUACCUUUAUGAUCGCUCCUUAUGAGGACAGUGAAAACAGUGAAGAUCAGACUCCAUACCUGAACAGUGAUGAAACUCAAAGUCUGGUGGAAGAGCAGCCUCUGAGCUACGUGUCAGUCAUAAGCUCUGGGGGAUCAGAGGCAAACAGUGACCACCAGCUCCUCUCUCACAAUUAUCACUAUGUAGCUGAGAGCCAGGAUCAGACAGGAGGCAAGCAUGGAGACGCAGGAUCAUGCUCAGGAGAUGCAGAGCUGAAACAACAGAGUCAACAACACAAAAGCAACACUUACACUUACCACGUAUACAACCCUGCUAUGUCGUCAAUGCAUCGCUUGAAUACUCACACAGAAAAGUGUGAAAAGUCAUUCAAAUGUGACACGUGUGAAAGAGUUUUUAAGUCUAAGUUCCAUCUGCAGAGACACCAGACAAUACACACAGGUGAGAAGCCAUAUUCGUGCAAGAUCUGCGGGAAGGACUUCAGACACAACAGCACCUUGAAAGUCCACAUAAGAACGCACACGGGCGAGAAACCAUAUUCUUGCAAGGUCUGCGGGAAAAGAUUCAGUGACAAUUCCCCGUUGAAAAGGCACAUGAGAGUCCACACAGAUGAGAAGAAGACGUAUACGUGUAAAACGUGCGGGAAGAGAUUCUGUCAGAUGUCAGAUUUGAGAGCCCACGCGAGAAUCCACACCGGCGAGAAGCCGUUUAAAUGUGAAACGUGUGGCAGAGCUUUCAGACUUAGUGGUCACUUAAGGAUCCACAUCAGAGCACACAAUGGUGAGAAGCCGUACGUUUGCAAGAUCUGUGGGAAUAGAUACUUCCGUGUGUCUCAUUUGCUAAAUCAUAUGGCAGCACAUACAGGCGAGUAGCCCUGUAGUCAUCAAAUACGUGUGAUGGUUCAGUUCUCAUAGUUGAUAGUCAAAACAUACAAGAGCUCAUACAUGUCAUAAUCACAUAAUUGCAUCACUUGUGGGAAAAGUUUUACUGAAAUCACAUUACCUACUGGAGAAAACACUACAUGCAUUAUACACAGGAGAAACCAGCAGCUGAAACUCCCAUGGAGACAUGUUUACUGACUAAAUAAAGUACUAAAUGUAUACUAUUACUACUACAAGAGGUCACAGUAUCUUGUCGUCAACAAUGCCAUCAAGCUUUGUUUAACUAACCUUAUUUUUUACCUUCAUAUUACUGUGUUACUUAUAUAUUUGUUCGCAGCAGUAUUUCUUCGAAACAAUCAUAAUCUCUUAUGACUUUGAAAAGUCUUUCUUGCACAAUGGAUGCAACGUUUCUAGAGAUGUUUGAUCUGUUGAGUGAAUUUUCUUUUAGUAUAUUUUGAUGUUGAGGUUGUGUUGGGUCACUUGUAUCGUCUUCCUGCCAACAAUAAUCUUGUCUUUUUUGUCUGCAACAUGUCAAACAUAUUUAUAUUUUUUUUAUUGUAUAAUUUCUGUUGUGUCUGGCUUUUGAAGUGACACACUAAUUGUAAAUGAUGUACCAUGGUGCUAUGGUGCUAACGAACAAGCCUGAGUAGAUCAUAUAAUGAUCAGUGCCCAAAGAGACAUGGGCAACAAAAUGCUGGUGUCUGAGCUCAUGUAUGUAUUCUAAAAAUAAAGAUUAGUUUGGGGAUGAUGUGAUAAUACUGGAAACACUCUGAACUCUAAGGCUAUAACCAAAUGUUUUGAUGUUGCAGCUCACUGGCUGGAAGUUAAGUUUAAGUAACAUUUGCUAACGUUUGGUAAUUUGAUCAAUGGAGCUGCCUCGUAUUGAACAAGCAGUGGUGGGACGUAACUACAUGUACUUAUUUACUGUAAUUAUGUACAACAUUGACGGUCAUCAGAUGGCCAAGAUUGCAUGUAAAUGCCAUGCCAACAGUUUGAAUAAAUAAAUAUAUAAAUAUUG